AUGUCGCCUCAGCUCAAGCCGCUGCUUCUCCCGCAGUUGGUGGAGGAGCGCCGUAAGUGGGAAGUACAACAAGUUAGCCCCGAAACCGACCUCUCAUACGUCUACUACACAACAAAUUCCUCCUCAUCCGAUGUUGCUUCGCCUAUCACCCCGACUUUCUCCCCUGGAAAGGGUCACUUCAGAAUGUCCAGCUCAACUUCUUCUCUCGAUCUGCCACCGCAAUUGAACGAAAACCCUGUGUCGCCUACACAAUCGGUUCACACAAAGCCGCCAAUGCGAUCAUUGCCCGAUGUUCAAGAGGAGCCUUUGGAACUAGACAACGAUAACAGCGACCGUAAAAGCCUUGCUCCUUCGGACCAGUUUAGUCUCUAUGACUGUUUGUGCGACAACUCUUGUGAUCUCCGAAAUAGUUCCGAAGAUAUCAUGUUCCAUGACAACAUCGUCCGCGAUUACGAUAUCGACUACGACAUGGGCUUCUUGAGUGACGGCGACAUGCCCGUGGACGAGCGAUCCCGUAAGAAGAGGUCUGGUAGCGAGUCACCUUUCGCCGGUCUUACGUCGCGCAUCGGCGCUCGUUUCCCCAACAUGCCUCUUUGGAAAUCAAGUGGUCGCAGGGGCAACCCCAUGCUAUCACCCAGCACUGAACUCAGCUUGGAAAGCGUUGUACUAUCUGGAGGUCCUUCAAGUCGAUCAUCAUCCAUGUCUGCACCCACCCGAUCUGGUCUAGAUCGCAUGUCGGAUAACACUGGCCUACCCACUCCUGCAGUAUCCUACUAUGGAAGCACCGAGAGUAUCAACCUACCUGCGCCUAUCGACAUUGAAAAGGCACAAGCGCUUAUCGAGCAAUCGGACCUCGAGCGAGAGCGAGGCAUGGCCACCACCCCCCUACUUCCUCCUCUAAUGACCAGCCCAUUGAGUGGACCACCACCAGAGUCACCUCUGCAGUCACCAACUAUCGCGCCGCCUUCUUCAACCACCGAAGUUCCGUCGCCGAUUCUUUCUACAACACAGUUCCCUCGACCAUCGCUCAGCACCAAGCCUUCGAUAUCGUCUUUUCGCUUUGGUGCCAACAGCCCUGAGGUUCCACUUCCUUUCCCUCCGAUGCUGCAAGAACACGAUGAAUGGUCGGAUCGCCUCGGCCACGCCAACUUCACAAUUUUCCCUCAGCCUUACCAGCCCGAGGCUGCGAACAUGGACGCGCUCCAGCAGUUGCGUAACGAUUGGGACGCAGCACGAUGCAACUAUACCAAGCACCUGGUGCGCACGGGCGAGAACUACGGCGAGACGAGCAAGAUCUAUGCUCUUACCGAGGCCAAAUGGACCCACAUCGAGAAGCGAUGGAGGGCAACCCACGAUGCCCUCAUGGCACAGAUUGCAGAAGCUACCAGCUCUGCACCUGGUUCAACAAGCACCUCACGAAGCCGAAGCCGUGGCCGCGGACGAGCACGAGCGAACAGCGGCGGUUCUAUCCUUGGUCGCCCACCUCCUAUGGACGAUGUCUUCGCCGGAAUGCAAUGGAAGCGACUAGAGGAUGGUCUACCCAGCGCAAUUCCCCGGCUCGUGGAUGCUGACGGCAAGUUCCCCGCCCGAGGCGACGAGGACAUUGUAGGACCUAUGCAACGGGACGAGGUUAUGCUACGGACGCACAGCGAAGAGCGAAGAGGGGCACGGUUCUGGAAGAGCCUUGCAGGCAAAGUUGGCCUGCGAAAGUAA